GUUCAGCCCUUGGGACCAUAACAAGGGAAGGUGCGGAAAAUAUGGAAGGAACUUUGAGUUCAAAGAGCUGGCUUUUUCAGGCGUUUUCUCCUUAAAUUUACUCUUUUCCAGUGACCUUAAAGCUCUCUCGACCCUCCACUGGCUUCCAUACGACUUGUACAUUGGAAAUAUCUAAAUAAGACAGCAAGCCAUGGGAGCUGAGGAAUCACACAUACCACUGAAGCGAGUGCCUCAAAGCUUUGGUUAUUUGGCUGUUGUUUUCAAAAUGCCUGAUAACAUCCAGGUAAUUCAUGGCGGCGAGAAUGAGCAUUCGGUAAUUGAACAUGUCAUCAGUAACACUUGGAAAGAAGGUAUCCAGGCAACGAAACAAAAAUGCGCUGGAAGCGUACUUUGUUUUAAACUGAACGGGCUGCCUUAUGAAACUGGAAUGCUUUCGCUGAACAUUCGUGAAGUUGCUUGUCGGAUACUGCGAUGUCUUCAUAAUAUUGGCUGGCAGUAUUUAGUAGCAGCAAACCUCACAAAAUGCAGACAGUGGUUUACGUUAAUCUUCGUCCACAAGGAAACGCAGCGUAUAAGCCAAGAAUUAGCGUACGUGGCCAUGAGCAGUAACGACAAGCUCCAUUUCUGUAAUCUGCAGCAACACACACUAGAUGAGAUUUGUCAUUCUUUGCGGCAUUCGGAACAUCAACCGGGAAUUACUUUCGAGGACUCAACAGAUGGGCUCAAGAACUAUGAAGUGCAAUUGAACGGUUUACUCUGGAGCUCAACCACAGCUCUUCAUGCAGAGGCUAGAGCUAUAUUGACCAAAAUAUUUAUAGUGAUGAUGAAACGUUACAGCUUUCUUUGUGCCAUGAACCUAAAAAGAACUGAAGACGCGUUCGUCUUUGUUCCAAAGUCUAUCCACUACGAUACAACAACGGAAUUCUUCAUCAUAAGUUUGCGAAAGACUAGCAAAAUACAAGUGUAUAAAGAAGCACCGGAUCAUCUAAUUCCUAUAAUCCAUUUAGCUCUUGUGGAUGCAUUUGGAAAAAUGAGUCACGCUAUAGAAAAGAUAAUAGAUCAUCAGUCAGGAAAAGUCGAAUUCAAGUACAAAUCUCACACAGAAAAAGACCCAGAUGCCCUGUGCACCAUGACAAAAUUCAUCGUUUGUAAGUUGUUAGAAGCCCUAAAAAGUCAUGGCUGGAGUAUCGUCACAGGAUUUGACAUGUCAAGGAAACUGUCGAAUAAAAGUGAACUUCUUUUCCAAAAAAGCUCCCCUCAUCCUGACUGCAAAGUGUUCUGUCUGAGUCCUGUUCGAAAAAGCAAGCUUUGUGUUAUCAAUGCUCCGCCAAAGAUCAUCAACGCUUGUCGUAAAGUGAUCUCCACACGUUGGCAUUUACCACUGAUAUCAGAAACGCAAUAUGCUGUCCCAGCAACAUGCGUUAGUUUUGAAUUGGGCGGCAAACCUUGGAGUGAUUCAAGUGAUUGUGCAUACUUUUCUCACAGUAUGUUUCUUCAUUUGUUGGAGGAAUUCUUCCACAAAGGCUUUAAAAUAAAUCUUACAGCGGACGUUAUACCCGAGUCAAUGGAAUAUGACGAGGGCGUCAGCUCUUCCCAUGAUCCCAAUGCUUGGUGGUUUAUGCUUGAGCCACAAAUAGUGAUGACAGAUGCUUCAUACCCCGGAGAUUGGAAAUCGGAAGUGCCGCCUUUGGCUCAAGUUUUAUCGGAUGAUUUUCGUCAGACACCGGUUCCUGAUGUACAUGUGAACCCAAAUGAACCUCAGAACCGCACUGAACCUAUGAUGCCUACUGACACCCAGCUUUAUGAAGAUUGUCCUCCAAGUUAUGAAAUGAUAAUGAUGGAAAGGGAACAGAAACAAGAUUGAUCAUCUAGAGCCUGGUGUCAAGUUUCUAGGUUUUUACUGGCACACUUUUUCUUGUUUUGGAAAGGAAAACUAAAAUUAAGACAAUUAAAGAAAACGAAGUAUAAUGCA